UGGGGAACAUUGAUUCCGGUUUCGCGAUGCAUUACGCACUGGUACCAUAUUGACAUAUUCCAAUCACCUUCCGUUCGCAGUUUGUUUCCGGUUUUUCGCUUUGAUUUCCGUAAACUCAUACGUCUAAUACAAUUUCAAGAUUGAGAGAUCCCUGAAGUCUUGCGUAGUUUUCGGCUCGUGCGUCUGUUCAUCGAUUGAAUCGCGUGAGAAUGUCGUUUGACGGAUCGGAGGAUUUGGCAGCGGUAAUGGACUCGGAUCUGCAGGAUUUCAUCCAGGUGCAGCAGCAGAAAGCGCAGCUGCAGAGUUCGGCGCAUAAACUGACGGAUAUGUGCUGGGAUCGGUGUAUCGGGGAUAAGCCGUCCUCUAAGCUGGACGGCAAGACGGAGGUCUGCCUGAGUAACUGCGUCGAGCGUUUUAUUGAUGCCUCCAUGUUUUUGGUCAACAGACUGCAGAAGAAUUUGGCAUCUCAUACCUGAUUGAUGUCGUUCUUAAAAGUUUGUUCUUUUACUGAUUUGUAUUAUGACUGGCUCGCUGCGAGCCUUCGACGGGUGUUUGGAAUGAUGGUGUUGUGUAUCUGAAUGUUUUAAUGUGGGGUGUGGAAGUUGUGCUCUUUUGUAAGUUCUUAUUGGAAUUUGGUGCGGAUGUUGUGUGCAUAAACUACGAAUUAUGAAAGCUGUUUUUUGUUGUUCAGACAUCAGAUUUAUCAUGCUGUAAUCGUGCACACUCUUGUUCAUCUGUCAUCCCUUAAACGGAGUGCUGUCGCAGAUAUUUCCGUUAAUUACGGGGAAAAUUACAUAUUAAC